UCCGUGGGCGCACGUCGACUUUUUGGCGCAGCACUCGCUCGCCAUCAUCAUCAAGCAGGCAGCUGUUCCGAGCUACGGAGAAGCUUGGCAAUGCGACGUCGAGCUGUCGAUGCCAUCUCGGCAUGUCGUCGCAGUCUGACUCGUCAACAGAGCUCCAAGGCUCAAGUUGGCGCGAAUGCAGCCACCACGUCGUCAUCGGUCGAUGACUUUGAGCCUCGCACGACCUUUCCUCUGCCCUCGACGGUCCCAUCAUGGUAUGCAGGCCAUAUGUACAGAGCUAUGCGCUCGUUGCCUGCCUUGCUAGCUCGCAAUCCUCCGCCGCUCAUCAUCGAGGCUAGAGAUGCCAGGUUGCCAAUCACCAGCAUCAAUCCGGCCUUCGAGCGUGUCAUGGAAGAGACGUUUGGCUCCUCGUCUCCGGACAAGGGCAAGGCAAGGCAAGUGGACACAGAGGCCAAUACGUGGGAGAGUCGUCGGCUAGUCGUCUACACGCACAGGGAUUUAGUCGAUCCAAGCAUCGAGAAGCCGCUAGUGCGGGCCUUUCAAGAGCACGGGCGAGGACAGCAAGUGAUGUUUGUUGACACCCGUAGCGAUGGUGAUGUGCGCAGGGUCAUCAGGUGGAUCAACAAGCAAGCCAAAGAGCUCAUCGCCAACCCGCCUCCACCAGCGCGCAUGACCCGCGAGCUGGCCCGCACGCAACAUCGUCUCUCGGGCGCCUUCAAGCACACGCCUACACCAGAAGACGGCGUGCGUCUGGUCAUCGUCGGCAUGCCCAACGUAGGAAAGAGCUCGCUUCUCAAUGCAUUGCGUCGAGUAGGAGCAGGCAAAGGCAAAGCUGCCUCUACUGCUCCUACGCCAGGUCAUACGCGCAAGCUUACGGGCACGGUACGGAUCACGAAGGAUGUGGUCAAGGAGAGAGAAGAGGGAAGGCGGGAUCGCAGAGCGUCUCGCAGUGAAGAGAAUCAAGAGCAGCUGCAGGACACAUUCCAGCUCUACGGCAGCGACAGCAACACCUCCGCUUCUUCAUCAGCCACGCCCCCCGUCUACGUAUACGAUACGCCCGGUGUGAUGGUUCCCUUUCUCGGGCGGGGUCGCACAGGCUCCGAGCGAGGAGUGAAACUGGCGGUGGCCGCAGGCAUCAAGUCGUCCCUCUUCGACACGCAAGGGCUAGCAGACUAUCUGCUCUACAGGCUGAACCUGCGAUUUGAUUGGGCGAGGAGACGAUGGGCGUCUCGAGGCGAGGCCAAGGGAGAGCAGCCUCCAAUGCCCCAUUAUCUAGCCAAGCUUCCUUAUCCUGCCGAUGUGUCCGUUCGCCCGACGAACAAAAUCGAGCAGCUACUCGAGUGGGCGGCCAUGCGAGCUCCAGGCAGCAUGCUUAAGGGCGGUGAGCGCGACUUGGAAGCUACGGCUGAUUUCAUACUUCAGCGGUGGCGGGAUGGGAAGCUGGGGAACGGGGAGCUCGACCUCGGCCUCGAGGAGACUCAGGGUGGGGCAACGGAGCCGCUCGCGCCUCCUGCCCACGAGGGCGAAGAGGAAAAUGUAGAGCUGGGAAGGCGACUGGAGGAGAUGGAUGAUGGAGAGAGCACAGCAGAAAGAGUCGAACGGAUUGUCAGAGAGCAUUUCGAUGGAGUGGAAGCGUCGAGGAGGGCAGGAGUGGAUCGGGCUGCCUGGAAACGUGUGCCUCGAGACGAUCCCGAAGACGGGAAGGGCGAAGGUAUCACAGCAGCGAGGUCAGCUCGUCAUGAGCGGGAUCGCCCUCCUCGCUCUUCACCUUCGCGAUCUCGAACCUCCCCAGACUCGCCAUCGCAAUCCCUCCUCUCUCACCACCAGAGCAAGCUCAGGCAGCGCAUCACGGCCGAGCGUGAGCGCCGAGACAAGCUGCGCGCCCGCGGAGUUCUCAAGGACGACCGUGAUCCGCUCAAGAGGGAGAGUGAGAAGCAUAAGCGCUGGUUGAUUCGGAUGGGCAAGUUGAAGGUGCACGGUGCUCGGUCGGGGAGGGCGGCUAGAGCUGGCGUGAGGGGAUGAGGCAAUGGGAUGCGAAUGUGAUUCUGGGUCUGAGACAUCGUCAAUGUGUACCACUGUGCAAGAACUACCCAGGUCGAGAGAACGUUACUUGAAGAGAG